AUGCUCUCACCCAGGUACCAACCAGAUCCCACCCGCGGGCCUCGAGCUUCACUCAGUUACCAACCAGAUCCCACCCGUCACCCAGGCACCAACCAGAUCCCACCCGCGGGCAGCGCCCCUCACCCAGGCACCAACCAGAUCCCACCCGCGGGCAGCACCUCUCACCCAGGCACCAACCAGAUCCCACCCGCGGGCAGCACCUCUCACCCAGGCACCAACCAGAUCCCACCCGCGGGCAGCACCUCUCACCCAGGCACCAACCAGAUCCCACCCGCGGGCAGCACCUCUCACCCAGGCACCAACCAGAUCCCACCCGCGGGCAGCACCUCUCACCCAGGCACCAACCAGAUCCCACCCGCGGGCAGCACCUCUCACCCAGGCACCAACCAGAUCCCACCCGCGGGCAGCACCUCUCACCCAGGCACCAACCAGAUCCCACCCGCGGGCAGCACCUCUCACCCAGGCACCAACCAGAUCCCACCCGCGGGCAGCACCUCUCACCCAGGCACCAACCAGAUCCCACCCGCGGGCAGCACCUCUCACCCAGGCACCAACCAGAUCCCACCCGCGGGCAGCACCUCUCACCCAGGCACCAACCAGAUCCCACCCGCGGGCAGCACCUCUCACCCAGGCACCAACCAGAUCCCACCCGCGGGCAGCACCUCUCACCCAGGCACCAACCAGAUCCCACCCGCGGGCAGCACCUCUCACCCAGGCACCAACCAGAUCCCACCCGCGGGCAGCACCUCUCACCCAGGCACCAACCAGAUCCCACCCGCGGGCAGCGCCCCUCACCCAGGCACCAACCAGAUCCCACCCGCGGGCAGUGCUGGACCCGGAGGGGGUGGGGGAGGGGCGCCAGAGGUCGGAGGUCAGCCUUCUCCCCUUUCACCAAGCCUCCAGGGGCUGGAUUCUGCGGAAUCGAGGCCCCCAAACUCCAUCUCCUCUUAA